CGCCGCCGGUUUAUUAUUGUUGAAUUCGAUCGUGAGAACUGAAAUUGUUUUAAGACCUCAACACAUCCCCGCAUUCACUUCUUGACUUAACUUUAACUUACAGCCUUCGGUUUUUCGGCAAGUUAUAUUUAGUCACUUCUUGGUGUGCGUGGUGUCUGGUUCCCGAUUUGAUUAUGUCGACAAUCGAUUGAUGCGUAUCGAUUGGAAGCGUACCGAUUCAGGAGGUUACGAAUGUUUCGUUGAAUACGACAAACCGAACAUAAUGGGAGUUGUAGAAUUCAUCGCAACCUGUGGGUCAGUACUUUUACUGAUCGUCACCAUGCCAUUUUCCCUCUUCGUCUGCUUCAAGGUGGUGCAGGAGUACGAAAGAGCCGUAAUCUUCCGGUUAGGAAGACUGAGAUCCGGUGGAGCUCGGGGACCCGGCAUAUUUUUCGUCCUGCCCUGCGUCGACAGCUACUGCAAAGUUGACCUUAGGACGGUUUCGUUCGAUGUGCCACCUCAAGAGGCUCUGACCAAAGAUUCGGUGACUGUUACGGUGGACGCUGUCGUUUAUUACAGGAUACAGGACCCCCUGAACGCUGUGGUCAAAGUGACCAACUACAGCAGCUCCACAAGGCUACUGGCCAUGACCACCCUGAGGAACAUACUAGGCACAAAAAAUUUAUCGGAGAUUUUGUCGGAUAGGGAGGCCAUUUCGCACGCGAUGCAAACCUCGUUGGACAUAGCCACGGAUCCGUGGGGCGUCAAGGUUGAACGUGUCGAAAUCAAAGACGUGAGUCUUCCACAUCAACUGCAGCGGGCAAUGGCGGCCGAAGCUGAAGCUUCCAGAGAAGCCAGGGCCAAAGUCAUUGCGGCCGAAGGCGAAAUGAAGGCAUCCCGAGCUUUGAAAGAAGCUGCGGAUGUUAUUAACGAAAGUCCUUCUGCUUUACAGCUGAGGUAUUUGCAAACGUUGAACACCAUUUCAGCUGAGAAGAACUCUACGAUUAUCUUCCCCGUACCCAUUGAUAUAAUCAGCCAUUUUAUGAACAUGCGGAGCGACAACCAUCCUGUAUUAUGAAAUAAUAAUAAUGUAUUGUAUCUUAAAUUGCCCUUGUAAUUGUAUCUUUGUGUCUGUUGGGUAACAAUGAAAUAA